AUGGAAGCGCUGCCGUUGUCAACUGCAGUCACAAUGGGUGGUCCGGUGGUGGCUCUUGGCGGUGUAACUUUGUUUUUUCUUAAAACUUAUAUAAACGAUCAAAAGAAGAGAUCUACAAGUCUAAAACUUCCACCAGAGGUGCCAGGGUUACCAGUGAUUGGGAAUCUGCUGCAACUGAAAGAGAAGAAACCCCACAGAACCUUUGCCAAAUGGGCUGAGACUUAUGGUCCGGUAUUUUCUAUAAGGACAGGGGCCAACACCAUGGUUGUCCUUAACUCCAACGAUGUCGCCAAGGAGGCCAUGGUCACAAGAUAUUCGUCCAUCUCAACGAGAAAGCUAUCAAAUGCACUAAAGAUCCUCACUUCUGAUAAAAGUAUUGUUGCAAUGUGUGAUUAUAAUGACUACUACAAGACCAUAAAAAGACAUAUUCUUACGAGUACUUUGGGAUCAAAUGCUCAGAAACGACAUCAUGUUCACAGGGAUAUCAUGAUAAAUAACAUUACUCAGCAGUUCCAUACUCUCGUGGAAGCUCAUCCUUCCGAAGUCGUAAACUUCCGGAAUGUAUUUCAGUCUGAGCUUUUUGGAUUAUCACUUAAGCAAGCUAUUGGAAAGGAUGUUGAAUCCAUUUAUGUGGAGGAACUAGGUGCUGUUUUGUCAAGAAAAGAGAUAUUUGACAUUUUAGUUACUCAUCCUAUGGAAGGUGCUAUUGAGGUGGAUUGGAGAGAUUUUUUCCCAUAUCUAAAAUGGAUUCCGAACGAAGGCUUUGAAAAGAGACUUCAGCAAAUGUAUUCCCACAGAGAGGCUGUGAUGAAGGCCCUUAUUAAGGAGCACAUGAAACGUAUUGCUUCUGGAGAGGAAAUCAACUGUUAUCUCGAUUAUUUGGUAUCUGAAACAAACACGUUAUCUGAACAACAAAUGUUGAUGCUGCUUUGGGAAGCCAUUAUUGAAUCUUCAGACACUACUGCAGUGGUCACGGAAUGGGCCAUGUACGAGCUUUCUAGAAAUCCGGAAAAACAGAAUCGUUUAUACCAGGAUAUUCAAAAUAUCUGUGGAUAUGACAAAAUUACAGAGGACAAGUUGUGCCAACUUCCGUACUUAUCAGCUGUUUUUCAUGAAACUCUGAGAAAACAUAGUCCUGUCCCAAUAGUUCCUUUGAGAUAUGCACACGAAGAUGCACAAUUAGGAGGAUACCAUAUUCCAGCAGGAAGUGAGAUUGCUAUAAACAUUUACGGUUGCAACAUGGACAAGAAAAUAUGGGAUUCUCCCGAAGAUUGGAAUCCUGAGAGAUUCCUUGACCGGAAAAGUGAUUUGAUGGACCUACAUAAGACUAUGGCUUUCGGUGGGGGAAAGAGGGUUUGUGCUGGUGCUCUCCAAGCAAUGUUAAUUUCGUGUAUGGCAAUUGCUCGAUUAGUACAAGAUUUCAAAUGGAGACUCAAUGAUGGAGAAGAAGAAAAUGUGGAUACUUUGGGGCUAACGAAUACCAAACUUAAUCCUCUGCUGGCCAUCAUAGAGCCAAGAAAUUGUUGA